UUCUUGUUCUAGCCGUCUAUUUCUUCUACCGCCUUCUUCUAUAAACCACAGAAAAAGGCGGCGUUUCUAUGUCCAUGGCGACCUUGCCGUGGAACCCUAUCCUCUCUUCCAAACCUCAAACUCUUAACAUUUCUUCCGUACGAUCUCUCUCUUAUCGUCACGCCUUGUCUGUACAUGCUUUUAGGCGCAGUGAUUUUGAAGAAUUCUCCAGUCGCCUAUCUUCCGGCGACCUAUGGAGAGACGCUUGGAGGAGAGCUAACGACGGAUUUGAGUUAUUCGUCUACGAAACCAAGAAAACUGCUGAGCGUAUCGACCGCCGCUAUUCCGUUUCUACACGGCUGUCGGCCGCUGCCGAAUCCGCUUUCUACCGAGCCAAGGAGCUUGACCGUGACUUCGAGCUUACGCAGCGUUGGAGAAAUCUUACUCUCGACUUCAGCCGCAACUGGCCGCGGUACAGGAAGCAACUCAAUGGUUUCUUAGGCACUCCACUGGGAAGAGGCUUUGUUACAAUAUUCUUCCUCUGGUUUGCGUUAUCUGGAUGGAUGUUUCAGUUCUUCAUAUUUGCAAUAUGGGUACUUCCAUUCGCAGCUCCUCUUCUUAUUAGCACUGUUGCCAAGAAUUUUGUGGUUCAGGGAGCAUGUCCAGCUUGUAAGAGACAAUUUGUGGGUUACAAAACCCAGACUGUGCGAUGCACUAGUUGUGGAAAUGUUGUAUGGCAGCCGCAAGGAGGAGGAGGGGGAGACAUUUUUUCGAGAGGUAAAGGAAGAGGAGGCAAUUCCGGAUCCUCGAAAAAAUCAGAUCCCGACAUAAUUGAUGUGGAGUUCGAGGAGAGAUGAUGAUUGAGUAAUAAAGAAAAACGCGAUAGUGUGUGGUGUAUCAUCGAUCAAUCAAAGCAAGAAACAGACUGCUUACCCUAAACCCUAAACGCUAUAGAAUGUAAAGUAAUUUUAUUUUUUGACAUUUAAAAGGGGUUCUUGAUCUGUCAAUACUGCUGAUGUAUGUUCUUUUUUGUAUGCUUAGGCUGAAAUUGGGAUUCAUAUAAUUUCUACUUCAAUAAUUACAAUGGCAAUGUACCAAUA